CACAUGAAUGUGUGAAAGUGAAACCCUAAAUCCCAAUUUCAUUCACUCAGUGCCGUGGUUUGCCAAAUCCUCUCACCGUGGUUUGCCACCUUCAUCCCCCUCACUGCCGUGUUCCCCUUUCUCACCGCUUCUCUCCUCUCACUCUCAAAAUCACCGCAGAACCAUCGUCCUGCAUCUGAGAAAUCUGGCCGAGGAGAACAUCGCCGUUGCGACCAUCGCGUGCCUAACCCAGCCCGAGGAGAAUCGUCAAAGGCAGAAGCGUUGGCGCGUUGCCGUCUUCGUCGAGUGAGAAGCAGAAUCGUCGCCAUUUUCGUCCCGUUAGAAGAGGGUUAUCUUCGUCGCCGUUCAGAAAGAUCGUUGGAGGCAAAAUCGUGUUUGUUGCAGUUCAGUCUUCGUCGCCGCUGUUGGUCGCCAUGGCCGCCAUUCCUUCCACUAACUCAGCCUCUUUGAUUUCUUACAGGUGGUGUUGUUUGAACUACAGAUGGCCAUGUGUGACAGCAAAGAAGACUAGUGAGGAAGGCGAUAAACGCUCACUGCCAAGCAUGUCUGAUAUUCUAGAAGCUUCUAGAGCACAGAAACUGGACCUUCAACUCAAAACCCUGGGACCCUUCUUCAGGAUCACUGCCACUAGCCUCCAAACCCGCGCAGAGCUGGGAAAAGCUGAAGGCCUCGUACGAAUCUCGUUUCAAGGAACAAAGAUUCUUCACUUGGAUUCCAUGAAGCUCCGCAGGGAAACCCUCAGCAUGGAGAAAUCAAUCUUUGGCCUUGGUUUGUUCAUCGGUGCCGUCGCUAUUCUUCACGGCUACGAUUCUGGCUGCACCACCGCUCAGUUACUCGCAAUCAAUGAUUCCGACCUUUACCAUUCUAAGUUGGUUAGGUUCUACAGUAGACUUGGAUUUAGAGAGGUGUGCCAAGUGAGUGGCUCAUCAAUUGGGGAUAUUCCACACAUGCUGGUUUGGGGAGGUGUUGGUACACGCAUGGAUGCCAGCAUUGAGGAACUCAUGCUCAAAUGGUGUACCAGAUUCAAGAAAAAUCAAAGCCCUCAAUCAUGACUGAUCCCAUUACAGUUUACCUUCUUUUCUAAUUUCCUAUGUUUUGAAGGUUUUUUUUUUCUUUUUUUCUUUUUUUUGUACAAAGAAGGCCCAAAGGACGCAAAAUGUUUUGAAGUUUGAUUUUAAAUAAGUAUGUAUGAUUUUCUUUACAAUUUCACUAGGUAACCAACAGAAAUUUUGUCAACUCUUGUCAACUUUAAUUGGGCUACAAAGUUCAAUUCAUUUAAAAAGUCA